AUGCUGACUUUUCUUAAGACGUAUUUCACGACUUCACGUGCCCUCAUUGGACCUGAAUUUGUUAUACUUCCUCUUCUCUUUGUUGACACAGGUGUGAUGUUUCCAAUCAUUGCGAUUAUGUCAGUGAUUAUCUCGACGAUUUCAUUAUAUUUGUAUCGAGUAGUUCAACAGAACUGUGACCUCACAUUAAUUAACGACCUUUCGAGUUUCUGUGGUGGGAAAAAGGUGUUGUAUGCCUCGCGGAUCUUUGAUUUGAUCUAUCGAGUGAUACAAAUUGGGUUCAUCUUCUCGAUGUGUGCGACUUCGGUCCAAGACUUACUCUUCACCCUUCCCAACUCGAGUCGAAGUCAACUCUGGAAGAGUGAUGCGUGUGUUCGAAUAGUGUUGUACACCCUUUCUUAUCCCCUUUUACUCUUCUUGUGUCAUUCAAAAACAGGCAAGAAGGUAGGAACUAUUAUAGCGUACUUGUUCCCUGUCCUUUACUUGAUACAACUCAUCUUUUCUAUUGCAGUGAUUUGCUUCUUCGGCUUCCGAGAAGUCGACAUCCUCCACUCCAUCCAACACGACUUUGGAGUUAACGACAUGUCUGCGUUGUAUGUGGUCUUUUUGUGUAUCUUUGCGCCAUUCAAAUUUCAAAAUGAGUCGACGGGAGAGAACACGCCCGCGGAGUUUGUGUCGUAUGCGACAGUUCUCCUCUUUGGUGUUGCCUACGGAUUUUGUGUUGGGUCUGCACUCACAAUGGCGAACCCGAUUCCAUUCAGUUCAUUCAUGUUCACACUAAGGGAGUAUCCCGUCUUCUUUGUGUCUGCUGUGACGAUUAAUAUCAUUGCAGUGAUCAUCUUUCUUGUGCAAAUUCCUCCGAUAGUGUCGACUAUGGUGGAGGACAUCGACUGCAAUUUCUUUGCGUUGUGGAAACCAAGCUUUCUUCGGAGAAGCGUUGUCGUGUUUUCUAUAAUAUCCACAAGCGGACUUCUUUCAAGCGUCAUAUGGACGUGUAAGGAGCAAAUGAUACUGAAUGGGAGCUUAUCGGGGUCUUAUUUUGUCCACUUCUUGCCAGCUACUGUGGCUGUCUAUGUCUCCAAAAGUAAAACUACUAAAGCCGUUGGCUUCUUUUUAAUAGUGAUUGGUGUUGUGUUUUGUGCUUCUGGAUGUACCGAAGUCUUCAUUGAUUUUGUGGAGAAUGUUGUGAACGAGUUCUUGUAA